CCAGUGAGCAUGGCUGAGUACAAGCUAGAAGUGACAACAGGUAACAUGACAAAUGCAGGAACAUUUGACUACGUACAUGUCACCUUAGUUGGAACAGAAGGGGAAAGUGAGCGAACUGUGUUGGACAACUUUGGUGUCGAUUUUAAAACUGGGAUGACAGGGACCUACACUGUGAAAACCAGUGUGUCUCUGGGGACACUGCUCCUAAUCAAGGUGGAGAAAGAUCCAUUUUUUGUUCUCCCAGAAGAUGAGUGGUACUGCUCCAAAAUAGUAGUGACGACCCCAGAGGGAGAUGUCAUUCUUUUCCCGUGUUACAGAUGGGUGUCCAGGGGAGGAAAAGUGGAGCUGAGAGGAGGGAGAGCUAUGAAGGGUUUCGAGGAAGACCAUCCUGUGUUGGCUGACCAUCGGAAAAAUGAGCUGACACUCAAAAAGAGCCUUUACCAAUGGGGGAUUAUUGAUGAAAAACUACUUCACCACAGCAACUUUAAAGAUACAUCUGAGCUCCCAGCUGAAAUCCGCUACUCCUUGGCCAGAUCAAUGGAAAGGCAGUACACAAAAAUAAUGCUUGGUGCUGAACUCAUGUUUAAGGGGCUGGUUGGAUCGACUGAACAAUGGGAAAGCUUUGAGGACAUGAAUCAAAUCCUGUGGUUCUACAACACAACAAUGUCAGAGUAUGUUAAACAGCACUGGAAGGAAGAUGACUUCUAUGGAUACCAAUUUCUGAACGCAGUCAACCCCAAUAUGAUCAAGCGAUGUUCAGAGCUUCCUCCAAACUUUCCAGUUACAGAGAAUAUGGUGAAGCCGUUCCUGGAAGAGGGUAGCUCUCUGAAGAAGGAAAUGAUGAAAGGCAAUAUAUUCCUCUGUGACUUCAAGAGGAUGGAAGGAUUGCCCACCAAGUUGUCUGAUGGUGAUGCUCUGCAUGUGACAACUGGUUUCUGUUUGUUCUACUCAAACCCAGAGAAAAAACUGAUGCCAAUUGCAAUACAGCUGUAUCAACAACCUUCUGAGCAGAAUCCCAUCUUUCUGCCAAGUGACCAUGAGACCGACUGGCUGCUGGCCAAGAUGUUUAUUAAAAAUGCAGAUCUCCUCAUUCAUCAGCCUGUCUAUCACUUGCUUAACACUCACUUACUGGCUGAGGUCUUCGCUGUUGCCACUCUCCGCAGCUUCCCCCAGAUUCAUCCUCUCUACAAGCUGCUGAUCCCUCACUUCCGCUACACUGUCCAAAUAAAUACUUUCGGCCGUAAAACUAUUUUUGCCCCUGACGGGAUUUUAAGUAAGAGUACACUUGGAUAUGAGGGGCUAACAGAGCUCAUGAGAAGGUCUUUCUCUGAGCUGACCUACAGCUCCCUCUGUCUUCCAGAGAACAUCACUGCACGAGGACUGGAGUCUAUCCCCGACUUCUACUACAGAGAUGAUGGCCUGAAGCUGUGGAAGAUCAUCAACAGCUUUGUGAAGGCAAUAGUGGAGUACUAUUAUCCUUCAGACACUGAGGUGCAGAAAGACUCUGAGCUGCAGGAGUGGAUCAGUGAAAUAUUCACCCACGGCUUCUUAGGAAACAAAGACUCAAGGUGUCCAGGAUCCUUUAAAACUGUCAAGGAAGUGAUCAGGUUCAUCACCAUGGUGAUCUUCACAGUAACAGUUCAACAUGCUGCAGUAAACAGUGGGCAGUUUGACUACCAUCUCUGGGCGCCUAAUGGCUCACUCCUACUGAAAAAACCUCCUCCAACUACAAAGGGGCAGUCAAGCAUGAAGACAAUUUUGGAGACCCUGCCGAAUGUUGGAGACACAGUCAGCUUUGUAGCAAUGGGUUGGGUACUUUCAAAAAAAUACACAGACCAGAUUCCCUUGGGUACAUACCCCGAAGAGCGGUUUGACGAGCCUGCCCCUAAGCAGAUGAUUAAGGCCUUUCAAGCAGAGUUGUCCAACCUCAGUGAAGCAAUUACAACCAGAAACGCGCAGCUUAAAGUGCCCUACACCUAUCUGAACCCUACUGAAGUAGAGAACAGUAUAACUAUUUGA